AUGGCGUUUAGCAAAAACGCCGCUCUUGACGUGUCCAUUGCAGCCACUUGCAGUCCGACUCAAGCCACGGUCAACUUGUUGAUUGUUCCGCUCAUUGUCCACGUCGUCGGCCACGGACAGGACAAUUCGCUUGGGCUUUUCAACGGCGCUUUGAACAGCGCGCUUUGUGCGGGACAAUUCCUCAACUACGUCAUCUCGGCCGCCUUGGUCACAACGUCCAUGGGAUACGCGCUCCCUGUAUUUGUGGGUGGCGUUGUCAGUGCACUCGCCUUUUGUGUUGCCCUCUUCAGCUUUCACAUCACCAUGAAUAGCGUGUAA